UUCAUCCACUCUCAACUAAUCACCUGUCCCUCUAUCUGUCUCUCCCCCUUCCUCCCUCCCUCCUCUCCGAAAAUAUUCUCCUUACAAGCUUUUGAUCAAUGAACGACCAUUACAAGCAUGAAAACAAAAACCACAACUUAGUCUUUGAUGCAUCGCUCCUCCGAAAUCAACCCGACAUUCCCCAGCACUUCAUAUGGCCGUACGAUGAGCGGCCAUGCAAUGACGACCCACAGGAGCUUGCAGUUCCCCUCAUUGAUUUAAACGCCUUUCUAUCCGAGGACCCUCAUGCACUUUCAGAAACACCACGGAUCGUCCAUGAAGCGUGCAAGAAGCAUGGCUUCUUCAUAGUCAUCAAUCACGGGAUCGACCUGGGCCUCAUACAGAAAGCUCACGAGCACAUGGAGUGUUUCUUUGGGAUGACUCUUUCGGAGAAGCAAAAGGCUCAGAGGAAGGUUGGGGAGCAUUGCGGGUACGCCAGCAGUUUCACCGGCAGGUUCUCGUCUAAACUGCCAUGGAAGGAGACUCUUUCUUUCAGAUACCUCGCGAGCGAUGGAGAUAAAGGUUCACUUAACUGUGUGGAGGAGUACUUCUUGAAUGUUCUGGGCAAUGAGUUUGGAGACUCUGGGAAAGUGUACCAGGAAUACUGCGAAGCCAUGUGCAAACUAUCACUAGGAAUAAUGGAGCUCCUGGGGAUGAGCCUCGGGGUUGGGCGACAACAUUUCAAGGAAUUCUUCCGAGGAAACGAUUCGAUAAUGAGAUUGAACUAUUAUCCACCAUGUCAACGGCCUGAUCUAACCCUGGGAACAGGCCCGCACUGCGACCCGACUUCCCUCACUAUACUUCAUCAGGACCAGGUUGGGGGUCUGCAAGUGUUCGUGGACGGAAAAUGGCACUCUCUUUGUCCCAACCACGGUGCUCUCGUCGUCAACAUCGGCGACACUUUCAUGGCUCUAUCGAACGGAAUCUACAAGAGUUGCCUGCACAGAGCGGUGGUGAACAGUACGGCCGUGAGGAAAUCUCUUGCUUUCUUUCUGUGCCCAAACAAGGACAAGUUGGUUGCCCCACCGAGUAAACUUCUCAAUGCCAAAACUGCUUCAAGAAGAACAUAUCCUGACUUCACAUGGCCGACUCUGCUCGAGUUCACGCAGAGGCAUUACAGAGCCGACAUGAAAACCCUCGACGCCUUCACAAAGUGGCUUCAAGAGCAGCAUAGGAAGAAGCAGGACGAUGCCUAGUGGCCGAUAUAUAUAGCAGCCGAAGAUAUGAGUUGGAUGAAUCCCCAUUUUGGUUUGAUUUUCUCUGGUAAUUAGAAGAGGUUUCGCCUUCGGAGACAAUGUAAUACAUAUUAACCAUAUGCCCCGCUUCUAAAGGAACCAAAUAUGUUUAUGAAACGAUGCUAAUGUCCACGGACGUCCUUAUUUUCUG